AUGGCCACCCAAGGAGCUGGUACUUCGGAUUUGGACACAGAAUCUGUGGAAGUUUUACGCGAACGCCUAAGCACAAUGAAGCGCUUAAUGGCCGAGCGUACAUCUCAGCAGCAGAAUAAUCCAGCAUCAACCGAAGAAAUAUUUUCAACUAAACGCCACCGAUCCGCUGGCAUCAUCGAUGGCAAUUUCCUGAGCAUCGCCUUUGGCGGCGCUUUGCUUGUGAUUGUCACGGUUUCAGUCUAUGCAUUCUACAAUCUAUAUCAUGCCAUACUCAAGAAGUUUCCUUCUCAUCACGAGGAGUUGUAAG